AUGAAAAAGGAUAACCUUUUCCCUUUCCCCAUCCAGGAAAUAGCUGAAGGAGGACCAAUAGCCAAGUUGAGCCCACCCGGCUCAAGAGAACACCCGAUGGGGUAUAAGUCCGCCCUGGAAGGCCAAGUGCGAAUUGUGUUUUGUUUUUUUGAGGAGUCCAGGAUGGGCACGGCUGUGACAUUGGCCCUGGAGACUGAUUUCCCACGAGCUGUUCUUUCUCAGAAGCUCCACAGUGCAGGACCAUCUCCAGAAAACAGUCUUCAGCGUGUAUUUCCUUUUAUCGUCAACCCAGAGCCCAACGGCAGCUAUUGCGAGAGGCCAAAAAUGUUUUGGAGGAAGAAAAACAAAGGCAGGAAGUGGCGGCGGCCUGACGGUGCGUGUGUGUCUGCGGAGAAGGGAGGGAGCCAUUUCAAUCUCUUCUUGUUUUUCCAAACUUCAAGGUCUAGGCAGCCCGUCGCUCCCGGUGCAGCAUUUGGAGAUGGCCACCCGGACAGGCGAAGGCUGGCGCCCGAGCCAGCCUCGUCAGGCGGAAACGGCUAA